GCCACACCGAAAAACACGAAAUUAGGACUGUACGAUGCGAAAGACCCAGACGUCUACGAAGGCUACUAUGGUCCGGGACAGCGGCAAGGGCGUCCAAGCGCCGGCAGAAUCAACAGUCCCGAUGAAGCAUUUCGCAGUUCUCACGGUAAGCAGCUUCGCGGCAUGUUUCGUCGAGGAUUGCUCCAGUCGAAAUUAUCGGUCGACAAUUCGGACGGCAAGCAUCACGAACGCGCCUCUGCGCACAGCUCACCUGAGCAAAACAACUCUCCUCUUCUUCACAAUAACUCCCCUCAUCUUGGGCAACAGCAGCCUCCGCACAUCAACAAUUUGAUGACCACCUCCCAUCAAGGAGUCCAACAGAAUGGAGCAGGAGGUUUUCCCCACAGCAGUGGCCCUAUAACUUCAGCCUUCAACUAUACGUUUGGGCGUGACUUCUGCUGGUCUACGAUACGGCCUCGGGAAAAUUGCGAACUCCCAGAAUGUUUACGACAGUUGAUCGAGAUUCACACUAUUGUCGAGCAAAAGUGUCGCGUAAAGAGGGCUGACGAGGAAGAUAUGGAUUUCACCGCAAAACGACAAAAUGCAGCGACUGACAGCUUACAUGCUGGUAGAACUGGGCAAUUCUUACAGGGAGGUAUCAACAAGCAACGUGGACAAGGAGACGGCUCAGCGGGAGCAUCUUCUAAUCGAUCAGGAGGAGUGGGCGGAAAUAAAGGAAAUAGGAACAACAAGAACAGGUUCGAGAUUUCAGCGAACUACUUCGAUUUAGAGGGGGUGCAAAAUGCGGAACGUCUGAGAAAAUUAGAGGAGGCAAAGAGUCCGUAUUUUUAUCAGUACGUCAUAUUUUUGGACGUGGAUGGCGUUCUCAAUACGUAUCCACUUCCGCCGUUGCCCUCACGCUCGCACGACGAGUUCACCGGACAGGAGGAAGAGACGAGCGCGUCCAUCUAUCGGCGACAUCUCCAUAUUGAGAAAGUCCGGCUUUUGGGGGAUAUGAUCCGCAAUGUGGAAAAAGUCGCCAACGAGCGCAGAAAAGUCGAAAUCACUGCUGCGCGUGAACGCAUGUCAGCGCGCACGAAGCGCCGGGCAGCGGCUCGUGGGGAAGCUGCCAACGCGCGCCGCCAAGAGCGCAAGGCCGUUGCGAAUGCCGAAAAGCGUGUACAAAUGGUAAAACAAGCUGCGACGAAGUCAAGAAAUAUGGCGGGAAAACAAAGUAGUAAGCGAAGAAAAGUAUCUGAUGACGAUCCGAUCGUUCUCUCUGACGUGAGCAGCGUCCUUUCUGGUGAGCUGACUUCGUCCGAUAGCGAAUCAUCGUCCUCCGCGCAAAGGAAGGCGUCCUUCCUUGGAGGGGAAAAACGAAGGAGAAAGCUGCUCAAGGAGAAACCUGCAAGCAAAAGCAGCAUAA